AUGGUGAAUUGUUUGCUUAUAAAUGGCCCAAGGAUCAUUAACUCCAAAUCCACAAGGCGACUUCCCUGUUCUUACUAUAUCCAAAUGAAAAGAAUACCAAGCAAGUUCAUCAUCAUGUUCAGCUCUAAGUUCAAUUUCCUUUGGCUUGUUGGAGUUUUAUAUCUCUUUUGGUGUGCAGGAUGUUCCAAUAUAAACAUCAGUUGCGCAGUGACAGAUAAGGAAGCUCUUCUCAAAUUAAAAGAUGGUUUCGUUGAUGGGGGCGACAGGUUGUCCACCUGGAAAAGUGAAGCUGAUUGCUGUGAGUGGAGUGGAGUAUUAUGCAGUAAUUUGACUGGUCAUGUUAUCAAGCUCGAUCUUGUCCAUUAUGGUGAUUCCGAGGAAUUGAGAGGUAAUAUCGAUUCCUCAUUAUGUGAUUUGCAGCAUCUUACUUACUUGAAUCUCGAUUUCAACAACUUCGAAGGGAGCAAAAUUCCAGAAUGCAUUGGCUCACUUGGUCAACUAAGAGAGUUGAGUGCUUCGGGUGCUUCAAUUGGUGGCACUAUUCCUCGUGGACUGCAGAAUCUAUCCAGUUUGGAAUAUCUCGACCUUCGCUCUACUGGUUUGAUUGCGAAAGAUCUUGAGUGGAUUUCUCACCUUUCUUCUUUGAGAUCUCUUAACCUCUCAGGCGUUAAUCUAAGUCAGGCUGUUGAUUGGCAAUCAUCAUUAUCCAAAGCUCCUCAUCUGUCUGAGAUUAACUUGGACGAUUGUGCUCUUAUAUCUCAUCAUGUCAAUCCUGCCUCUUUUGUCUAUACAAACUCUUCCACGUCCCUCAAAGUCCUUUCUCUUGCAGGAAAUAAUUUAGACUCUUCAAUUCUACCGUGGUUGUCUAACGUUAGCAACGUCUUAACAGAGCUUCAUCUCCAGGAUAACGCUUUGGAACAUAUUUUUCCAAACGCUCUGAAUAUAAAUUCCCUUCAAGGUUUUCAGAUCAAUUAA